AUGAAGUCAUCAUCCACCCUCACGCUUCUUGCUCUUUUCACCAGCGCCCUAGCUGGUGCAGCUACAGAGCUUCCAAGUUGCGUUACAACCAAGACACUUCCCACUAUCACCAUUUACUCUUGUCUCGGGGACAGUGAGCCAACAAAGACUGUAUUUGCACCUGGAGAAUCUUCAAACUCUGCCCCUAAGCCCGGGGCUCCCGGUUCUUCUGGUGCUUCCAGUGCUCCCGAUGUUCCUGGUGCUCCCAGUGCUCCCGGUGUUCCUGAUGCUCCAGGACAAUCCGAUGGCCCUGAAGAACCCAACGCCAGCGAUAACGAUGACAACCUCCCCGAACCUCAGCAGCCCAACACCCCUGAGAGUGCUGGCUCUGGUCCCAGCCCCGGCUCUGAGUCUGGCUCUAGCCCUAACUCGAACCCUGGCCAACAUGUCGGCACUCCCAAGCCCAGCACCACUGGGCCAAGCUUCGCGCCCGGCAGCCCCGAGACACCAAGUGUCAUCGCUGUUGCCGGCGCGCCAACUGUUCAUCUUGAUUUUCUCCUAUUCACCACUGCCGGAAUUGCCGCUUUUGCAAUGGUUUGGGCCUAA